CCCGAAUAAAAUUCGGAUCAUCGAGGUUUUUCAUGAAUAUAUAUACUUUUUGAGCUACUUCUUCAUCGCCUAAUCCAGUAGAGACUCCUUUUACAUUUAUAUAUAUCUCACGCAUCCUUCAUUCCAACCCCAAUUCUCAACCCUAAAUCUUCGCCAAUUGACGACUUUUUUAAUGGAGAUCGCCGUGAAGAAGAAUUCCUUCAAUACGCUGGAGCCAGGAUUCCGUUUCCACCCCACCGACGAGGAAUUGGUGCGCUACUAUCUGCGCCGGAAGGUCUGCGGCAGAGGCUUCCGCUUCCGUGCGAUCUCUGAUAUCGAUAUCUACAAGGCCGAGCCUUGGGAUCUUCCAAGCUUCUCGAAGCUGAAGACUAGAGAUCUGGAAUGGUAUUUCUUCAGCGUGCUGGAUAGGAAAUAUGGUAAUGGAGCAAGGACUAACAGAGCCACUGAAAAAGGAUACUGGAAGACUACUGGGAAGGACAGGGCUGUCUACCACAGAGGGCAGAUUGUUGGGAUGAAGAAGACUCUUGUAUAUCAUAUUGGACGUGCUCCGAAGGGACAGAGAACCAACUGGGUUAUGCACGAGUACAGACUCACUGACUUGGAGUUGGAGAGAGCUGGCAUUCAUCAGGAUGCGUUUGUGCUCUGCCGUGUCUUCCAGAAGAGUGGCUCAGGGCCAAAGAAUGGUGAGAAGUACGGAGCACCAUUUGUGGAAGAGGAAUGGCUGGGUGAUGACUCAGACUUGAUUCCAAAAGCAGAGGCUGCAGAUGAGGUUGACUUUGGGAAUGAUGCUUAUUUGGACGGCGAUGAUCUUGAGCAGAUCCUUCGAUCAGAUAAUCCAUCUACCGAUUCUCCUCUUCAAUCGAAUUGUCAGCCUACAGAUGGCAGUAGCUUUGUUGAGGAAACUGCAGAGUCCGUAGAUGAUGGCCAUAAGCUCUUAUUGAGUGCUGGUGACCAGUAUUGUGAACCUGAGCAGCAUAAGGACAAUAACUUGUAUGAUAUACCUGCUCCAUUUGAUAUGGAUGUAAGAGCAGUCAAACAUGAAUUCAUUGGUGAAUCCAGCAAGUCGGAGUAUUCUGAUGAUUUGGAUUUCUUACUUGAUGAACCAUUCCAAGAGAAUCCACCAGAUCUGCCAUAUGGUAGUGCAAGCUUCAUUGAAGCUAGUGAUCUAUCACAUCCCAUUGAAGCUAAUACCUCUCCUGCCAGCAGGCUUGAGGAAUUCUUUACGUUCUACGAUGCCAGUAUCGGCAAUUCUCAAGACUUUGCAUAUGAUUCUCAAGACUUUGCAUAUGCUUCAUAUGAUUCCUUAGCAAGCGAGGACCUUCUUCCUUGUGAACCGUUGCUUCCUUCUGAGGAACCAGAAGUUGGUGGAGAGCAAUCUACUUUACCCGGUGCACAACCUCUCAAUAACAAUAAUGGUGACGAUGGAUCAUCAUCUGAUAAGCUCGAAUCCACAUAUGAAUCAGAUUUCCAAUAUCCAUUCCUCAAACAGGCCAGCCAGAUGUUGGGCAGCAUGCCUGCUCCACCAGCCUUGGCUGCCGAAUUUCCUUCAAAAGUUGCUGUGCAUCGGCUCAAUUCUCUGUCACAGCCUUCUACUUCAGUUCAUGUCACUGCCGGCAUGAUUCAGAUAAGAAAUUUGUCUGCGGAUGGCAAUGAAGUAGACAAGUUACUAAGCAAGCCCACAAGUCUCAACAUUGUUCUUUCAUUUGGCUAUUCUCGAGGCGAGGAUGGUUCUGCUCGUCUGGAGUCAAGCGUAAGUCUACUUCCCGGGAAGACAAUGACAUUGCUCUCAAGGGAAUGGUUCUACUUCAUGUUCUUCUUGAUCCUUUUGCUAUCAAUCAGCUGCAAGAUAGGGAGCUGUAUAUGUGCAAAGUAAUCUUUUCAGGGAAACUCCACGCCCUCUAACUGUCUAAUACCAUCGCGUAAGCAAAGAUCUCAUCCGCAUACUCAUUGGAUGUCGUGAGAUUUGCUUUUUGUCGAAACAGAUGUUUAGGAUGAAUAGAAUUUUCAAUCUUAGAGCAGUGUGAUUGGGAUCUAUCAUGCUGCAGUUAAUGUUGUUGAAGUUAUUGCUGGACUAAGUUGUGAAUUGCGACAUACGGCCUCUGCUGUCGCGAUGACAUGCGUGGUUCUAAGAUGUUCCGGUCGGUAUCAGCUUGUGAUUUUAUGUGUCAUCUUUGGACUCAAUAACGGCGUCUUGAGUUUGGAAGUCCUGAUCUGUUGAAACCUUGUGGUUCAUUGGCGCCUUUUUUGAAAAAUGGAUAGACCCUUUAUUUAUGUUUCAUA